AUGAGUUAGAUUUAAAAUCAUACCAUAGAAUAAAUGUAAAUUGCAGAAAAAUUAUUCCAUCUAAACAAAAAAAAGAGGGUUAAAAAGCUAAAGAAGUGGUUGUUAGACAUUGAUAAUUUUGGGCAUCAAGUAAAUUUAGGAUUUGAAGAUCAUUUAGUUCAUAAAACUUAUUUAGGAUCUUUCCUUACAAUAGUUCUAUUUAUAUUAGUAGCUGUUUUAAUUUAUGUGAGUUUAAGUGAUCUUAUCAAUAAAAACAACCCUAGUAUAUUGAGAAGUGAAAUGCUUACUGACAAGUAGGACAAUUCGCUUGAAUUACCUCAUGAUUUUGUAUUUGCUAUUGUGUUUUAAGAUAUUAAAUCUGGGAUGAACAUCAAUCCAGAAGGUAUCUUUAAGCUGACAGCUCUUAAUUAAUAGUUUUAAAAUAACUAGCUUUCAACCUUUGAAAUAUAACUAAGUCCAUGCACGCUUGAUCAUUUUACUAAAAACUCUCUCCCACUUUUCUAGUCUGAGUUAAAUAAAGGAAAUGCUUUAUGCAUUAGAGACAUAGAUCUAUUUUAAAAGCUAAAAAUGUAUGGCUCUAUAGAAGAUGAUAUUUUCAAUAACAUUAUAUUUAAAGUAGAAAAUUGCGAUUAAAAGGAUCAAAGCUCUCCGAGUAAAUGCUUAUACUCGUAGCAAUAAACUUUGGAAAUAGUGAAUUAAACUAAAAUUAAGAUUUAUUUCACUGAUUUUCUGUUUAGUCCUAACGACUUCGAUUAACCUUACUAGAUUUUUAAAAGAACCAUUUCUUCAAACCUUUAAAAUAAUUAAUUUUCUCAGUAUACUUUAAUUUUCACAGAAACCUAUAUAUUUACUGAUUCUAAUUACGUCACUACAAACUACAAGUAGUAGAAAUAUCCUACAUUCUGUUAAGCAAAUAGUUAUUUUGAGCCAAGAUAAGAUCUAGACACCAAACCUCUUUUUCUUUUUCAAAGCUCAGUUGAGCCAAAGGGAAUACUUUAUGAAAGAUCUUACUAAAAGCUUUAAAUUUUCAUAGGCACUAUUGGAGGAUUUAUGAAAGCUAUUUUUUCGUUUUUCUUUUUUUUGAGUGCUCCUUUUGUAAAGCUUUCUCUCAAUACAGAAAUAGUGAAUAGAAUUUUUAAUUUCUCGAGCAAAGAUGAUGACGAAUCAGAUCUAGAUGAAGAUGAUAAAAAGUAACACCAUAAUACUCACACUUUAAAUCAUGAUACUCAUCAAGCCACUGAAAUGAAAGAGUUAUAAACUGUAAAACAUAAUGAUGUCAAUUCUAUAAAAAACUAAGAACAAAAGAUAAAUAAUCCUCACUAAAAUUAAAAUAUUCAGGCAAGUAUUAUAUUACAACCACAAUUAAACGAAAGUUAGAUCCAAAGAUAAAAAUUAAAAUCUUCAAUUCUUGAUAAUUCUAAAGUAUAAAUGAUUACAAAAUAGAGGGGAGAUAGAGUUUCAUUGACUCAGUGUAACAUUCAUUAGUAGAAAUUUAAUUUGUGCUAAAUAGAUUAGUCAAAAUCUUUAAAAGGUUAAGAAAAUAAUUAAUCUGAAUCCUAAAUUCCAAUAAGAAAGGGUAGAAGAUCUACUACAAAAUUAAUACAUAACAUCUUUAAAACUGCUAUAAUAAAUAAAGAUCAAAAAGAAGUAGAAAGUUUAGUAAAUUUAGAAGCUUUAGAAAACCAAAAGGCUAAAUUAGAUAUCAAGAAAGAAAAUGAAGAAUAACUUGCAAUUAAGAGUGAAUAAAAAACUUCUAAGCAAAAUUUAAAAAAAACAGAUGAAGACUUAUAAAAAAACCAGGAAGAGGAUUUUGAUAGCGUUUUCAAAAAAUUGUUUAAAUCUAAUGAACAAACACUGAAGAUGAAGUGUGCAGAUUACAUUUGCUAUUUCUUACAUAAGAUUACUUGUGGAUGCUUUAAAUUUGACAAAAAUAAAUAAAUUUAAAAUUCUAUGAGAAAGGUUGGAGAAAGGAUGGAUAUUAUUUUUAUUUUAAAAAAAUUAAUUGAAGUAGACAAGUUAAAAAUGCUUCUUUUAAAUGAUGACUAAAGAAAAUUAUUUGAUUAUCUUCCAAGACCUGUUGUUCAUUUAAAUAAAAGAGAAGAAAUUAAAAGAAGAAAGUCAUCAACUGCAACUGAUAUUAACUAAUCUUUAUUUGAUAAACAUUAAGGCAAUCUUUAUGAAUAGUGGAAUAAUAUGUUUUUACUGCAAGAAUCAGGCUACUUUCAAAAAUGUGUGCAAGCCUACUACGCUUUUUAAAACAUUAAAUAAAAAGGAAGUAAAGAUUAAUUAGACUAGAGAUUGUUAGAGUUUAUGGACCCACAUAAAAAAAGAUUCUUUAACACAGAUCAUCCUAUACAAGAAGAGAGCAUAUCAGUUGCUAUAGUAGAAAACCAUAAUAAUUAAUAAAAUAACUAAACAUAAUAAAAUAUGAUCCAGCAAGCUCGCAGAAGAAGUAUAAGUGCUUACAAGAGGCCUUCUUUAAUUUUCAUACCCGAAAACACCUCUAUUCACACUAAUUGUGAUGAUUCAAGAAUCCCAAACGAAAAUGCAAUAGAAUUGAAUUUCUCAACAGAUAUACACAGAAAAUUUUAAUUCCAUACAUUUGUUUCUCCCAUAGGAUCUACAACAAACCAGUGA